AUGGAGCGCGUGCUCGCAGCACUCACGCGGUUGGAGACACGCAUAGACACUAUUGAAAGAGCUACGGCAUUCGCUGGAAGCGAUUUUCGUCGCGCAAUAGAUGGCGGCAGUGCGCUAGGGCGUACGCCGAUGCAGAUCGACGAACUCCCUGCUGCGUUGGAAGCACAAGCGGCAGACCAAGCGCAAGCAGAGUAUCAAGCUCAGGCGCAUCAUCAACAAGCACCGCCCCCAACUCCGUACGCAGACCCUGGAUGCUUGCCGGGUCUUAAUGGACAUCGCGUGCCCAACGCUAGAGACUUAACGUUGAUGAUCGGAAAGUUCAGCGGAGUGGAGCAAUACAAAGGACUGGGAAGUGAAUUUUGCCAGAGGGCGCUACUAUUCAUUGAGGCCAUUAAGAUGCCUGAGCUCGGGUGCGGGUACAAAUGGACUGAACGAGUUAAGGCGAACAAGCUCCAGAAGCAUCUGGAGGGAACGUCCUUGAAGUAUUAUCAAGCACACAUUGAAGGAUGGUGGAUGCGUAACCAAAGUAUCGCAUAUCUGCUCGAGCAGCUGUGGCUCGCUUUUAAGGUGAACAUUUCCCAUCACCAAGCUGUGCAUAUGUACGGGUCAAAAAAGAGCAGCUCGCGUACAUGGACCGAGCACCUGUUAUACCUCACGGCUCUCAUGCAUUCGAGUGAGACCAGCGACAAAAUGGUACUUGAAAGCGUUGUGAACUACGCUGCGCCACACAUGAAGGUUGCGAUCAUGGGACGAUAUGAUCCAGGUCGCACUGACUAUCUUCACCAUGCACAAGAAAUCUUGGCAUGGGCGCAAGAGAUUGAGGAUGAUGAUCGCCCGAUAAGGAAUCACGUAAAGGGCGUCGUAAAUGCAGUGGGUGAGUCAAGAAAAUGUUUUACGUGCGGAAAACCCGGCCACAUAGCCAGAGACGCAUGGGGACGCUAUGGAGUUGGAUCACUGAAUUUUGGACAGCGGUGCAAGUAG